AUGCCGAACAAAAUCGCCGCUCACGUGGCUGAAGGGAAGCAGUACUUUCCCCUUGCCUCCGGUGCUCAAGAUGGCUGGCACAAAGAUGGCCGAGCUACUGCUACAUGCUACUGUGGCGCCAUUCAGCUGUCCUUUCCAGUGGAGGGUCCUGGAUUCGUAGGCACAUUCGUCUGCCACUGCCCUGAUUGCCACAAGUUCACUGCCUCCAUGUUUGCGUCCAACUUCACCGUCCUUGAUGAGCACCUGGUCCACGAGCGCGGGCAAGACAACUUCACGAUUUACAAGCAGAAACAGACAAUUGUGUCCGGAAUGAAUAUGAGCAACUACUUCUGCAAGACAUGCGGAUCGCUCAUGUAUCGCAUAGCUGAGGAUUAUCCGGGGGUCAGUCUCCUUCGGAUUGGCACGGUCGACGACUUCACCCUGAUGGAGACUAAGCUCAGGCCGCAACUCGAGCAAUUCACCGAGAAUCGAGUCUCCUGGGUGCAUGAGAUUGAAGGGGCCAGGAAGGCUGGUCGUAUGGGGUUUGAAGGCGCAAGCGCGAAGGCCAAGCAAGCUAAAGUAUGA